UAUCAAGUAUCUCUGCGAGUCCGGUCUAAAGUGUUUACCGUUUGUUGAUAGCGGUGCUUUUCGGCCCGUCGAGAAAAAUGUUGCGAUCUCGGACGGCAGCGAAAGCAGUUUCACUCCUCCGGAGUGGGGAUGACUUGUUGGAGUAAAAUCUUCGUACACGAGUCUCGAGUUAUUUCCGGUAAAUGUGCGCGAUGUAUUUCGCUCUGGAUAUCUUGAUUUUUGGUGCCCUUUUCGCUAUAGCACAAACAGAAACUACCAAGCCAUGGUACGAAACCCUUCCUGCUGUUGCUAUGGAUUAUAAAGUCCAUAUAGAUCCCGGCAAAGAAGACUGCUACUUUCAAUAUGUCAAUCCGGGAGCAACUUUUUAUGUCAGCUUUCAGGUGUUGAGAGGCGGAGACGGAAUGGCAGGCUUUGCUGUUAGGAAUCCAACAGGGCAGAUAGUAUAUCCUUACCAAUGGCGAACAAGCGCUGAUUAUCAGGAUCAAUCUGCCACUGGAGGUUACUACAGUGUUUGUAUCGAUAAUCAAUUCUCCAGAUUCGCAUCCAAACUGGUUAAUCUUUAUCUAACUGUGAUAAGAUACGAUCAAUGGGAUAAAUUCACAAAAGAACUCAACGAGUUGAAUCUAUCCGUUGAAAAUUUCACGAGAACUAUUGUUGGAGUUGAGAAGAAUAUCAACGAGAUGUUGCAAAUUCAGCACUUGAGUCGAAGUCGAGAGGCCAGAGACAUAAAUUUAUUAUUGGAUAAUAAUUCCUAUGUUCAAAAUUGGUCAAUCGCACAAUUGUUAGUGAUAACAGCAACGACGACUUUGCAAGUUUACUUCGUAAGGAGAUUAUUUGAAGUGAAGCCAUCUGGAAAUUCGAGAGUACGGAUAUAAAUAUAUCCGA